UUCCUCAAGUCCCAGAAAACUUAAAAGAGAGAUUUUUAGUUUUGUCUUUAUUGUUACCACUGAAAAAUUGGAAAUAUUGGGUUGCAGAGCCACCACUGAAAAAAAUGCAAGUGUUGGCAUGCAAUUCUAGUACUCCUCUGCAAUCUCAAGCAUUGAGAUUGGGCUCCCCCAAGACCCGCUUCAUUGGAAGAAGACAGCUUUUCUUUACUGGCAUGUCCUCCGCUUGCUCUGAAUCUCAAUCAACCUCUACUCAUUCCCCAGACGGCGCCGUUUUCCCCUUCCCCAUUUCCACUCCAAGGAGUGUUCAAGAACUGAGCAAGGAUAUCGAGCCAUUAGUGCGUAAGAGUACUGCUUUCACAACAAGGAGGGCUUUGUUUGCGAGUAUAUUCAUGUACUCGUUGUAUGAUCCUUCAAGGUACUUGUCAGCUCUAGCUUUAGGGGAUCCAUCUGUAACAAUUGAAGAAGUAACUCCCCCAGUUUUCGCUUCCGGAGCACUCUUCCCCACUGAGGAAAGAAUUGUCGAACUCUUUGAGAAGAACACAAAUUCUGUUGUUAACAUUUUCGAUGUAACAUUGCGCCCUCAACUUAAUGUAACUGGUGUGGUCGAGGUUCCCGAAGGAAAUGGUUCAGGAGUAGUUUGGGAUAAACAAGGACACAUUGUAACGAACUAUCAUGUAAUUGGUAAUGCACUCUCAAGAAAUCCAGGUCUUGGGCAGGUUGUUGCACGAGUUAACAUUCUAGCAUCGGAAGGGGUACAAAAGAAUUUUGAGGGAACUCUAGUUGGUGCUGAUCGUGCGAAGGAUCUUGCUGUCUUGAAGGUAGAAGCCUCUGAAGAUCUGUUGAGGCCUAUUGUUGUGGGGCAGUCAUCUUCUCUAAGAGUUGGGCAGCAAUGUUUAGCAAUUGGAAAUCCAUUUGGAUUUGAUCAUACCCUUACUGUUGGAGUUAUUAGUGGACUGAAUCGAGACAUUUUUAGUCAAGCAGGAGUCACCAUUAAUGGUGGAAUUCAAACCGAUGCAGCUAUCAAUCCUGGGAACAGUGGAGGACCCCUGCUAAACUCAAAAGGAAAUUUGAUUGGGAUAAAUACUGCAAUAUUUACUCAGACAGGUACAUCAGCAGGUGUAGGAUUUGCUAUCCAAUCAUCAACUGUGCUAAAAAUUGUCCCUCAGUUGAUCCAAUUCGGCAAAGUUGUUCGAGCUGGUUUGAAUGUGGAUAUAGCUCCAGACCUGAUUGCAAAUCAACUCAAUGUUCGUUAUGGAGCUCUUAUUUUACAGGUCCCUAAAAAUAGUGUUGCGGCGAAGGCUGGCCUACUUCCUACCACAAGGGGAUUUGCGGGUAACAUAGUCCUCGGGGAUGUCGUUGUUGGAGUUAACAACAAACCUGUUAAAAACCAAGCAGAGUUGAACAGCGUAUUGGAUGAAUUUAGCGUGGGGGAGAAAGUAAUCUUAAAUAUUCAGAGAAGCGGUGAAAAUUUGGAGGUUCCCAUAAUAUUAGAGGAAAAGAGUUCAUAAUUGGUUUGCUGAUGAUUUUUACUUGUUAGUCAGCAUAACAUUUCCUCAUUUGUAUGAGUAUAUUAUUAUUCUUGGUCCUGAGAUGUACAAUGAGGAAUUACCUGUAUAUAAAUUGAACGGUUCUGGAAAAUAAGUUGAAUCAACCAGUCUUGGGUA